GCGGCGGCAUCAUCAUCAUCAUCAUCAAAGAGACUCGAUUCCUGCCGCCCUGGGAGCCAUGCGUUGCUGUCUGUAAUGUCAGCGGAACAGGAGAAGGACCCUAUCGCGCUGAAGAGAUCUCGAGGUGGUGAUAGUGGAUUGGAUGGGUUAGGAGGACCAGGAGUACAGCUUGGAAGCCCUGAUAAGAAAAAGCGGAAAGCAAAUACACAGGGAUCAUCAUUUCCUCCUCCAUCUGAAUAUGCUCCACCGCCGAAUCCAAGCUCUGACCACCUUGUAGCUGCAAAUCCAUUUGAUGACAACUAUAAUACUGUGUCUUAUAAACCACUUCCUUCAGGAAAUCCAUAUUUUAGUAAUCCUGGUUAUCCUGGCUUUGGAGGCUAUAACACUUUCAGAAUGCCACCUCACAUGCUGCCCAGAGUGUCCUCGCCAUAUGGUGGCUCUUACUCCCUCAGAAACCAACCACAUCCCCUUCCUCAAAACCCGGUGGGAAUGGGUUUUAGUCGACCCCACUCUUUCAGCUUUGGUCCACAUGAUAACCCGGGUUUUGGGAAUCAACCACCUUACAGUAGUGGUCAGAUAAAUCAAAAUGUCAAUAUACCUGGUCAGCAUUUCAGACCAAAUCUUGGUGAGAACUUUGCGCAUUCUGGUCAGAUACCUCACCCUGAUGUGCCAUCUAACUUUGGUCCUGGAAGCAAUCCAAAUUUUCCAAAUUCACAGCUAGAGUCAAACCAUUCUUUUAUUCUUCCACCAAACACGUACAACCAGACAAAAUCAUCAGCACAAAAGCAAGACUUUAAUCAAGGUGCAAGCAAAGCUUCCAGCCAGAACACUGCUGCCCAUCAGCAUCAUCACAGGACAGAGGACAUUGUGAGUCAAGGUAACAGUGACCUAAAAAAUGUUACUCGAAACAAUGUGGUAAAUCAGGAUAAUAGCCAUUCUAAUAGUGCUGAUAACACUAAUGCUGGCCAUUCCAAUGGGACUCAGAAUAAGUCCCGCCAGCCUCGAGGUACUGCUGAAGGAUGCAACGCUGAAAAGAGCAGCAAAACACCCCUUCAUCCCAGUCGCCAUGGUCACUCGUCCUCUGAACCCGUCUAUCCAUGUGGAAUUUGUACACAUGAAGUUAAUGAUGACCAGGAUGCCAUCCUGUGUGAAGCCUCUUGUCAAAAAUGGUUUCAUCGGAUCUGUACAGGCAUGACUGAGUCAGCUUAUGGCCUUCUUACAGCAGAAGCAUCAGCAGUAUGGGGUUGUGAUACUUGCAUGGCUGACAAAGAUGUCCAGUUAAUGCGUACAAGAGAGACUGCAGGACCACCUGCUUUGAAUACGGAUGGCUAACAACGUGAGCUGGGGGUAGUAGUUGAAAUACUUGCUAUGAAGAUUUGGUCACAAAUUGGGUACUUCACUUUCUGCAGACAAUCAGUUGUGGUUGUCAUCUGAUUGCUGUCAUCUUUUUUUUUUUUUCUCUUUUUUUU